ACAGAAGUUAAUAGUCACUGUGAAGGGGCUACUUCUCUUAGUGCUUUAGAAGAAGCAUUUAGGAAAUUUGCUAUUCAUGGUGACACCAGAGCUACAGGGAAGGAAAUGAAUGGAAAAAACUGGUCAAAGUUAUGCAAGGAUUGCCAAAUAAUAGAUGGAAAAACAGUAACAACUACAGAUAUUGACAUCAUAUUUACUAAAGUGAAGGCAAAGUCUUGCAGAACAAUAACUUAUCAUCAGUUCAAUGAUGCACUUGAAGAACUGGCACUGAAACGGUUUAAGGACCAUGAAAAAGCAGAAGCCAUUUCUAUGAUGCAUAAACUAGUUGAAGGAAAGUCUCCAGUUAUAGCUGGUGUUACGAAAGCAGUAUCCUCUCCAACUGUAUCCCGCCUAACAGACGUGUCCAAAUUUACGGGGUCUCAUAAGGAAAGGUUUGACCCUUCAGGAAAAGGAAGAGGCAAAGCUGGCCGGGAAGACUUAGUUGACCAAUCCGGAUAUGUAUCAGGCUACAAACAUGCAGGCACAUAUGAUCAGAAAGUACAUGGUGUGAGCAAAUAGGGCAAAAAGAAAUCUACACUCUGCUGUUAAAUAUAUCAGUAAAGAUUAGUGUUUGAACUAAAAUAUGGUACAGGAUUAGCAAUGUUUACACUUUAACACCAGCUGAAAUCAUGUAGAAUAAGA